AUGGACGACCAACUCCCGGACGACGGCCUCAAAUGGUUCGGCGAAGGAUUCGACGGCUUCCCCAAACGACUCCCCGAAGACUGCGUCGAAUAUGCCAUCCACAUCAUCGACCAGCAACUCUCCUCCAUCGCCACGCUCCGCUCAAAACUAAACGAAAUCAUAAAAGCCGCCAACGAGCUCAAGAGGAAACACCUAAAAAACUACAUCUGGCAACGCGAGUACUUCGAUCCCACAAUCCACCCCAAAUUCGACCUCACCAAAUCAGCAACAACAUCAACCUCAACAACACCACCCCACCUCCGCGGCCGCACCAACUUCGGCGACUCCAUCUCCGACGAAUGGCUCAUCGUCUACCUCCUCCACACCCUCAGCAUUCAAUUCCCCACCGCCUGGAUUCAACUCUACGACACCGACGGCGAAUUCCUCCUCAUCGAAGCCGCCGCCUCCCUCCCCAAAUGGCUCAACCCCGAAAUCGCCCAGAACCGCGUCUGGCUCCAUGCAGGCCAUCUAAAGAUCAUCCCUCCCUCUCCCUCCUCCCCACCACGAAACCUCUCCCUAACCGAAGCCCUCUCAACCCUCACCACUUCCCCCGACACUCUCCUCGUCGACCCAUCCAUUGAAAAAGAAGCCUUUCACCGUCUCGCGUCCUACCCUGCCGCUAUAUCCUCCUCUCUCCACCACUCCCUCACCACCAUCCCCCGGCGUCUCGCCUACAUCCUCCACUCCCACCCUUCCUCCAUCGCCGCGGCCGUGGAAGCUUUCUACCUCCGCGACCCCAUCAGUCUCCGUCCCCUCGCGACAAAAGAUCUCUCCACCCUCUCCUUCCCACCCGAAGACUUCGUCACAUGCAGCGUCCGCUACACAAAAGUCGGAUUCGCACAGCUUCGAUCGCAAGUCCUUGACCCACCUCCAGCAUGGGUCGGGCAGAGUCCUUGGAUGGGAGAUGAGAAGAGGGCAAUGGGGAUGAAAGUCGCUUGUGGAUUUGAGAUGUUGGUUGGAGACUCGCAGUUGAAGGAUUCGAAGGUUGUGAGGGAAGUCAAGCUGUUGUUGGAGGAUUUGGAGAGUGGAGAGGUGGCGUUACCAACUGAUGAGGAGAUCGCAACGUGGGAGAGGAGGGAGGACGAGGAAGGGUGGUUGGACAUCGACUAUCGAGACUUUGAGCAGGAGUUGGAUGGCAAGAAGGAGGGCAAGAAAGGAGAAGGAUUCGGCGACGAGUCCGCGCAAGAAAAUCUUCGCAAAAUGGUCUCCCGCUUCCAAGACUUCCUCGAAGACGAUGAAGCGGGCGUUGACGGCGUAGACGAUAUGGAUGAUGAUGACGACGACUCAGCCUCCACCACUUCAUCCGCUCCCACUGAGCAGGACAAAGACACCACCUCCACCUCCCCACCCACCCCCACAGAAGAAGCCGCCUUCCGCGCCUCCAUCCAAAAAACAAUGUCCAUGCCAACCCACCACAUCUCAGAAUCCGGCCUCCUCUCCGAAGCCCGCAAACUCGCUCUCGAAGACGAAGACUCCUCCUCCUCAAACAACCCAGAAGACGUCGACGAAGACGAAGAAAUGCGCAAAGUCAUCGAACUCAUGGAAUCAGAACUCAAAGGACAUGGAGCGUUGAGUUUGGAUGGAGAUGGCGACAAAGCCUUCCUCCGCUUCAACAACACCCUCCCUUCGUCUCCAUCCGAUGACGAAGAAGAAAUCGGUCCAGGAGACGUGGAAUUGUCAUCCGACGACGAAGACUACGGCUCAGACUACAACGCCGUAGACCUCACCCUCGCGAAAAACAUGCUCGAGUCCUUCAAAGGCCAAGCGGGAAUGGGUGGUCCAGCCGGAAACCUAAUGAAAGCGCUCGGGGUAGGUACUCUACCUCGGGAUGAAGAUGACCGGUUGAAGUGA